UUACGCUCCAUCAUUAUCAACUCCUUCUUAUCUCUGUUUCCCGUUCUGUCUUUUCGUUCUUCAACCUUUUCAUUUUUGCAUUAACAUUGCCUCUUUUCUGUGGAACCAAUCUCUUUCUCUCAGCGAUCGCGCGCUCGGAUUUUCUGAUGGCAUUUCUCGUUUCUUGGAUCUUUCAGUCUGGAUGAGUUUUUCUGUUUGUGGCUCUUUUUCUUUCCACCGUGUGUUUGGUUUUAAUUUUGAGAAUUGGGAAAGUUGUAUUUGGCUGUUCGUAGGAGAAUUCUAUGUAUAUUAGAGCACACUACUGGUUUCACUAGAAAUUCUUUAGAAUGUACGGCCUACUGACUGUACCAUAUAUAUCUAUGAUUAGAGUUUUCUCAUUCUAUGCUUGGAAGAGCAGGGUUUCUUAUGGAUCCUUGCGGCUUUGGUUGAUGAAUUUUCAUCACUGAGAGCCUUGUCAGGCCAUCGACCACUUUUAUUUGUUUCUGGCCGAUGGAAAGUAAUCCGAGCAACACACACUAACACAGUGGAGUUAUUUAGCCUUUGCCUCUGACGGUUUGGUUUCGUUUGCUAACAAGAUCUGUUCUUAUAUGUCCAUCAAAAAACUACAAAUUAGGACAGCAGAGAUUUCUUUCACUGAGGAGAAAUUUUUUCUCUCUGAAUUCUGUAUAUGUAUAUUUUUCGUGUGAAUGAUUUUGAACUAGCAGUGUACGGGAGAUAUCCUCUUGUUUCCUUUCUGCUGUGUGCAGCAUUUAUUACAUUAUCUGUCACGAGUUCAGGAAAUUUCGAUCCAUUUGAUUUUGGGCGCUUUAAGGAAAACUAGAAGAGGAUUUAGUUUCCUAGAGUUACCAAUUGAAGUUCUAUUUAUGAUUUUUACUUCUGGAUGGACCCCUGAACAUUGAAUGGGGGAAAGGAAGGGUCGAAGGGAUAAGUGGUAUUUCGAUUCUUGAGUUGAUAUCUGAUAAAUGAUUAUGCUUCUGGUUGCAUAUCGUGAUUUUGCACAGAUAGGUCGACUUGGAGGGAAGCACGAUGGUUUAAUAAAACCACACUGGGGAGGACCAUGUGCCAGGAUUACAUUUUUCUUCUUAGCGAACUAGCUAAAUUAUGACUUUAACAUUUAGGUCCUCUCUUUUGUAUUUAUUCAUUGGGCAUACGAGUAAAUUAUGUAGUCAUUUUCUUCAAUCGUUGGGCUUGCCUACAUGUAUUAUUUUCCAUGGGUAGCUCUAAGAGGUCACUAGUUGACUACUUCAAUUACUAAUUCAUUACAAUAACUGUUAUCAGCCAUUGUUUCACCAGUUGAUGAAAUUCUACAAAAUUUAACUAAACACAUUCGUAAAUCAAUUGAAAGCUCUUUGUAUUUGAGUUUUCCAUGUGGCUGAUUGAUUCUAUUGGGCUUUGAGUUCUCUAGAAUUUUACCCAACUCAAGUAUUUGGCUGGUCUGGUUGUUACUUUAUUGAAAUUACUCACCUUCUCUCUGACCUAGUAAUUGUUUGUUUCCUUCCAUGCCUGUUUCAUUUUGUGGUUGGUAUUGAGUAAUUACACUCUUGCAGGAUGAGUUAAUUGGGCAUCUAACUACUUUGAAAUAAAGUCGGUCACAUGGUUGGUUGCUUCCACUUGGGUUUUAGGAAAUAUCUGCAGUUGCUGGACUAAUCCAUGGCCUUCGAGCAGUACUUUGCACAAGGAUGGAAACAUGUUUCUGGUACAGGGGGCACAGAUCGAGAGAACUACAAGGGUUGUUUUGAUUGUAACAUCUGCUUAGACUUUGCCCAUGAGCCAGUGGUUACCCUCUGUGGCCACUUAUACUGCUGGCCUUGCAUCUAUAAAUGGCUUCACGUCCAGAGUGCCUCUCUUGCCAUCGACGAGCACCCACAGUGCCCGGUUUGCAAGGCUGAUAUUUCCCACACCACAAUGGUUCCUCUCUAUGGUCGUGGCCAAACAGCCGAGGAAGUUGAGCCUGAAGCCAAAGCAAUGCAUCAUGACAUUAACAUACCUCCUAGACCUUCAGCUUGUGGUAACCAAAUGCUUGCUACUCCCAGCAUACACCAACAGCAACUUCCAUAUCGAAAUCCUUACCAGCAACCGAACCAUGACCCCCUUCUUUUUGGCAAUUAUGAAGAAGAUUCAGCAGCCCCUUUGCUAAACCUUGCAAGAACAUCAUUCAGUGGCUUUCACCAUCCAUUGGUCGGAAUGAUUGGCGACUUUGUGCAUGCGAGGGUAUUUGGGAACUCGGAUAACUUAUACUCUUACCGAAACUCUUACCAGCUAACAGGGAGCAGUAGGAACCGGUUGAGAAGACAGGAAAUGCAGGUAGACAAGUCAUUGAACAGAAUCUCCAUUUUCCUCUUCUGCUGUGUAAUUCUAUGCGUUCUUGUCUUCUAAUUACAUUCUAUACCUGGAAACACCCCAUUUUCAAGACAAGAAAGAAAGGAAGAAAGAUAAAAAUAAAAUGCAUUGUUGUCUUUGUAUUCUCUGUAUAGGCUUUUGGAGUUAAGCUCAUGGACAAUUAUAUGUUUAUAUAUAAUAUAUAUACAUAUUGUUUACCUUUUUUUUGCU